ACACUGCCGCUUGUUGAUUAUGUGAAGCUGUCGCUCGGAAGUGAUCCAUGUGUCUGUUCUGACUCACUGUACUGUGAAGUGCCGAUCACCGGACCGGUCCGUCCAACUGCCGUUGAUUUAUUUGGUCGUCAUCGUCUCUUCCGGGCGUGUGUCAUCCCAUCAUGUCUAAAGACACGGAGGCUAAAAGCGAGGAGAUUAUGGAGUCGAAGGUGCUGUGGUACCCGGACACUAAACGAAACACACAAAUGGACCGAUUCCGGGCGCAGGUCAACCGGGAUUUUGGGCUCAGUCUGGCGAAUUACAAUGAGCUGUAUCAGUGGUCUGUGGACAGUUAUCCUGAAUUCUGGGCACAAGUGUGGAAAUUCUGCGGUAUCACCUACUCAAAGAUGUAUGACGAGGUGGUUGAUGUGUCUAAACGGAUAUCAGAUGUACCUGAAUGGUUUAAAGGUAGCAGGCUGAAUUAUGCAGAGAAUCUGCUCAAACACAAAGACCAGGACAAAGUGGCUCUUUACACCGCAACCGAGGCGAAUGAAGAGAUUGUCAAGGUGACUUUUGGAGAGUUAAGGCGUGAUGUCGCUCUCUUUGCUGCAGCCAUGAGGAAGAUGGGCAUCAAAACUGGUGACAGGGUUGUAGGAUAUCUUCCCAAUGGGAUUCAUGCUGUAGAGGCAAUGCUCGCUGCAGCCAGUAUAGGUGCCAUCUGGAGUUCAACCUCUCCAGAUUUUGGUGUGAAUGGUGUUUUAGACAGGAUCUCUCAGAUCCAGCCAAAGCUGAUCUUCUCGGUAGCAGCUGUUGUGUAUAACGGCAAGCAGCACGACCACAUGGAGAAACUUCAGAAUGUUGUUAAAGGCCUCCCUGACCUGAAGAAGGUUGUGGUCAUUCCAUACGUUCGAUCUCGGGAAGAGACGGACCUUUCCAAGAUCCCAAACAGUGUUUUUCUGGAGGACUUCUUGGCGACUGGUAAGGAGGGCGAUCAGGACCCUCAGUUGGAGUUUGAGCAGUUGCCCUUCUCUCAUCCUCUCUUCAUCAUGUACUCCUCCGGCACCACAGGAGCCCCUAAAUGCAUGGUGCACUCUGCUGGGGGUACUCUCAUCCAACAUCUUAAAGAACACAUUCUGCAUGGCAACAUGACCUACAAUGAUGUCAUCAUAUAUUACACUACGACGGGCUGGAUGAUGUGGAACUGGCUGAUGUCGUCUUUAGCCGUUGGUGCGUCCGUGGUUCUGUACGAUGGUUCUCCUCUCGUUCCCACCGCGAAUGUUCUCUGGGACCUGGUUGACCGCAUCGGAAUUACUAUUUUUGGGACUGGAGCGAAGUGGCUGUCUGUGUUAGAGGAGAGAAAUCUGAAACCAGCAAACACACACAACCUGCAGACCCUCCACACCCUCCUCUCUACAGGAUCUCCACUGAAACCUCAGAGCUAUGAGUAUGUGUACAGCUGUAUCAAGAAUAAUAUGCUCCUGGGAUCCAUAUCAGGUGGCACAGACAUCAUUUCAUGCUUCAUGGGUCAGAAUACGACCGUCCCAGUGUACAGAGGAGAAAUACAGGCCCGAAAUCUUGGCAUGGCUGUGGAGUCCUGGGACAUUGAAGGCAAACCUGUUUGGGGUGAAAGCGGAGAGCUUGUGUGUUUGAAGCCCAUCCCAUGCCAGCCCACUCAUUUCUGGAACGACGAAAACGGCAGCAAAUAUCACAAAGCCUAUUUUUCAACCUUCCCAGGAGUCUGGGCUCAUGGUGAUUACUGCAAAAUAAAUCCUAAAACAGGAGGUGUCGUCAUGUUGGGGAGAAGUGAUGGAACCUUGAAUCCUAACGGUGUUCGGUUUGGAAGCUCGGAAAUAUAUAACAUUGUGGAGGCCUUUGAGGAGGUAUCGGACAGCCUUUGUGUCCCUCAGUACAACAGUGAUGGAGAAGAGCGAGUGAUUCUAUUCUUGAAGAUGGGACCCAAUAAAACUUUCAGUAAAGAGCUGGUUGGCAAAAUCCGGAGUGCUAUCAGAGUCGCUCUGUCCGCCCGCCACGUGCCAGCUUUGAUACUGGAAACCAAGGACAUCCCGUACACAAUCAGCGGUAAGAAAGUUGAAGUUGCAGUAAAGCAAGUGAUAGCCGGUAAAGAGGUGACUCAGAGAGGAGCCUUCUCAAACCCUGACUCUUUGGACCUCUACAAGAACUUGCCUGAACUUCAGAACUUCUGAUCAUGGGAGAAAGGUACAAAAUAUCUGAAUACCUGACACCAGGGUCCGGCAUUUCUAAAGCUCCUUUGGUAGGGUUCAGAUUCCCCGGAUACCUUUUGGACCAUCUGCAGGAUCUUUUAAAGCUCUGUAGGAUUUAACUACCCGUUCAAACUGGCUACCUAGUGGAUCUGCUUAAAUCUGUACAUAUAAUAUUUCCACAAGAGAAGUAUAAGUCAGUUCCUCUUCAGUAGAAAGUGAAGAACGGCAUUGAGUUUUCCGAGAACUUGCAUCUCUGUGAGACAUUUUAUCUGUUAUUGAUUCCAACAAAUAUUCUUUUCAAAGGACGCACCGAAGUCACAAACAUUAAAUAUCCGUCCCCUUUUCCAAAUCCUUUUUAAUCCUCAACCAUGUCAGUCCUGUAUUUAAGCUCUUAAAAAGACACUAAUUUUGCUCAUCUUCAUGAGUCAAAUGUAUGUUACUGAAUAAUGUCAACUUCCAUUUUUCCCCACCUCUCUUUAAACUAUGACUCUGUUAUAGGAUUUUUUACCUAUGUCCUGUUACUAAGUGAAUCUGCUGUAUUUUUCAAGUAUGUCAUGUUAUCUCCAAAUAUAGAUUUGAUUGAACAUGAUAUAGUUCAUGGACCUAAAAGGUGUACCGGUAUUUUUACAUGUAUACAUUCAGUAUGAGCUGCUUAUGUUUUGUGUAAAACAUACUGGAUGUCCAUUAACAGUGACAGUGUUUGUUUUCUUUGUCUGAUAAGCUUUAUAUUCGAUGGGAAAAGUUUUAGUCAACAUUUGAAGCUCAUCUUCUUAACCUAAGUACAUUUGUCUGCCAUUCAUGUUCUUAUCAUAUUCCCGAAUCUGUGAUUCUCCUUUUUGCCGUCCAUCACAUGUAGGGUCAAGACGUUGCCUAUUAUUUAUUCCUCUGUUAACUUUUUUAAUAUCCACUUCAUUAUAUAUUUAUCAUCUGAGUAGUGUUAACUCUCAAAAAGAAAGGUCUAUAAUGGUCCCUAGGUGUCACUGGACCGGUACCCUUUCAAAAAGUACACAUUUGCACCUAAAGAGGUCAUAUUAGUACCUCAGAGCUACAUCAUGGGACAAAAGAGUGCAUAUUAUUACCUUAAAGAUACAUUCAAAGGCACAUACUGUUACCAAAUGUAUGCAUAUCUAUACUUCAAUGGAACAUCUUGCAACCGUUUUAAAGAGUAUUGCCCCAGUGACACCUCGGGACAGUUUUUCUGACGCAUUUCAGAAAGAUGCAAGAAUCUAAAAAUCAAAAGCAGGAAAACUUUAACAAAUGAUACCUAGAUAACCUCUUAAAAAGUAUUUACAUCCCAAAAAUGCUUUGUAUGAGAGUAUAAAAAGUCUGGUCUAAGUUUUAAAACAAGAAAAAAAUUACUGUUAGGCGCAGGGUUGCCAGGUUUCACAGAAAAUCCCCCCAAUUGCUACUCGAAACUAGCCCAAUCGCGCGUUUUGAGGUGGUCCUCUGGUAAAAGUCGUGUUCUUGAGGGUAAGAUCUGUGUUUUUGGCAGGGUUCAUCUGCUUCAUCCCGGUUCUUUUGGAAUGUAAUGAUAAUGUUUACAAGAAUUAUUAAUUUCUUUUAAUAUAAAUAUUGUUUUCUGUAGACAAAUUGUAGUAUAGGAUUAAGAAAACCCCCCCAAUUGCUGUUCGAAACUAGCCCAAUCGCGCGUUUUGAGGUGGUCCUCUGGUAAAAGUCGUGUUCUUGAGGGUAAGAUCUGUGUUUUUGGCAGGGUUCAUCUGCUUCAUCCCGGUUCUUUUGGAAUGUAAUGAUAAUGUUUACAAGAAUUAUUAAUUUCUUUUAAUAUAAAUAUUGUUUUCUGUAGACAAAUUGUAGUAUAGGAUUAAGAAAACCCCCCCAAUUGCUGUUCGAAACUAGCCCAAUCGCGCGUUUUGAGGUGGUCCUCUGGUAAAAGUCGUGUUCUUGAGGGUAAGAUCUGUGUUUUUGGCAGGGUUCAUCUGCUUCAUCCCGGUUCUUUUGGAAUGUAUGAUAAUUUUAAUAUAAAUAUUGUUUUCUGUAGACAAAUUGUAGUAUGGGAUUAAGAACCCCCCCCAAUUGCUACUCGAAACUAGCCCAAUCGCGCGUUUUAAGGUGGUCCUCUGGUAAAAAUCGUGUUCUUGGGGUAAGAUCUGUGUUUUUGGCAGGGUUCAUCUGCUUCAUCCCGGUUCUUUUGGAAUGUAAUGAUAAUGUUUACAAGAAUUAUUAUUUUAUUUUAAUAUAAGUAUUGUUUUCUGUAGACAAUUUCUAGUAUGGGCUAAAUAUCACAUUAUUAUAGCUUCAACCCGUGGACAUGAAAAAGGCCCGCGGCAAAGUGUUUAAGUAGUCCAGUUGCAUGGGAAAACUCAGGACUUGGCAACCCUGGUUAGACAUGCUCUAGUUCAGUGCUUCCCAAUUCUGGUCCUCAAGGACCCCCUUCCAAAAAGUUUUAGAUGUUUCCUUAUCUAAAAAUACCUGAAUUUAUAGAGGCACCUUACAGCAAAUGGAUGGUUUAGCUAUAAAGCUGAAAGAAACGUUAUGCCACAGCCUCUCCAAAAGCCAAAAAGUAUGUGGCAUUUGAACAGUUUUAAACUAAUUUUGCUUUAAUUUUGUGUGCGAUUUUAUUUACAAUAGAGAAGCCCACGGGUUGUUAUUUGAGGAUUUCAGUUCGUUAUGCAUAUUUUGGGCUGAAAGUCAACUUGGUUGGUGGAGGCGUGUGUGCAUUUUAUUUAAAAUGGUUGUGUUUGGUUCGGUCGUAAUCUGGGUCAUGUUGGGAAACAAUUUACUAUAAAACUAUAGUGCGGAAAUCAUGCAAUUGACCUCAAUGAGGGUACGUUUUUUUUACCUUUAAAGGAAACUUUGCAGGCCUGAGUUACAGACCACAGGCUUUGGGAAGGGUUUUUAAUAUGAGAUGGCGAGGGUGUGAAGCUCCUUUUCUUUCAAAUUAAAAAAUGAUUUUGUAUAGUGGUACAGAUGGUAAGCAGUUGCUGCAGUCUGGUUUAGACGAGCAGGGGUGGGUCUGUUUCACCUCAUGCCCACCCGUGUGCCACCAUAUGCCCCAUCUCGGAUCAGUUUUGCUCAAUAAGCUACCAAAUACCAAAGUUUAUACGAUUCAUCCCAUUUAACCCUUUAUUGACAUGCAAUGCACUACAAAUAAUUUUUCCAUACUCUCAUCAAUUCCAUGAACAUUCCUGGGAUGUCUGUUUCAUUUUUAUUAUGAUGUUAUUUUCCUUUUUGAUACAUGGAAUACGGGAGGUAAUUUAAGGUUUUGUUUGGGGUCCUUUAUAUUGUAUUACAUUAAAUUAAAUGUAAUUGGUAUACAACUAGUAAUCAAAAGGUGCUGCUGUCAUAUUGUACAUGCUUUGAAAUAAUAUUGCACAUAGUUGAAUGUGAAUAAUGGAUACUAAUAAAGUAGAGAAUAUAUUUGUAUAAAUAUAUUGUGACUGUACAUCAAUGGACCACUUCAGCAGAGUCCACCGGGAACCUAUUUAAUGUAUAAAGUUGCUUAUUAAACUCUGUAUAAUUGCAAACUUGCUGUAUAAUUAAAAAACUCUUAAGAACUCAA